AGCAGACAGUUGACUAUCUGUGUUGCGAAAGACGUCUCGCGAACCUCUAUCUGUUUGCUAUUCCUCCCCACUAUAUUGGAAACUUUCUUCAAUGUAAGUACAGCGGAUAAUUAUUACGAUACUGUAUUUGUGAUUACAUCAAUAUUGAGUACACGGUACUUCGUUCAGAUACAGAUAGAUGACUAGGAUUACUCCAAUGGGUUACCUGAUGUAUUCCGUCGCGUGUGUGGCGGCCAUUCUUUUCACCAAUGGUUGUCAUGGAAAAGUGACUGAAGACAUAUUCGACUACUUUGUUGAUCAGGACACGGGUGUCAACCACACUGUUCUUCGAUACACCAUCGAGAAUUCAGAGAAAAAAAUUUCGUGUCAACUGAUCAAUUUCGGAGCUACUGUCACCAGUUUACGUGUGCCAGACAAGGAUGGCAACGUUGACGAUAUACUCCUCGGAUUCGAUAAUGUCCAAAGUUACAAUGAUUCGUUAAAUCCAUACUUUGGUGCGACUGUUGGUCGGGUGGCCAAUCGUGUAAGGGGAGGCACUUUCAAACUUGAUGGAACGCCCUACAAUCUGUUCAAAAACGCGGGCAAUGACACCCUGCAUGGUGGUAGAAGGGGGUUCAGUCGGGUGAUGUGGCAAGCUGAAAUCAAAGGAGAUAACCAGGUGAAGAUGACAUAUGUCAGUCCAAGAGACUCUGAAGGUUUUCCGGGCGAAGUGACUGCGGAGGCUACUUUCACGCUAUUGGUCAAUGAAGUCACUAAGAUCCCUCAACUGGUCAUCACCUACAAAGCCACAGCCAAUCAGCGGACACCAAUCAACAUAGUCAACCACGCCUACUUCAACCUAGCUGGGCAUAAAGCUGGAAAAGAUGGUAUUUACCGGCAUAAAGUGCAAAUCAAUGCUGACCAGUACACAAAACUAGAUGCCACAUUGGUUCCUACUGGUGAAAUAGUCAAUGUAACAGGCACUGCAUACGAUUUGAGAAACCUGACAGUGGUCAAGGCAGCUAUUGACGGAACCGGAAGUGAUGGUGUUGACAUAAACUUCUGCAUAAAUGGUGGUCGCGAUGAACAGAAAAUUCAACGUGAUACCGCAUAUAUUGUGGACGAGACAAGUGGAAGAUAUCUGAAGUUGAGUACAGAUCAGCCUGGAGUUCAAUUCUACACGCAUAACAAUGAUAACAAGUUCACUGGAAAGGAAGGAUUCGUGUAUGAAAGACAUGGAGCAUUCUGCCUCGAGACUCAGAAUUAUCCGGAUUCUGUUAAUCAUGAUAAUUUUCCGAACUCCAUUUACGGACCAAAUGAGCUCUACUCACACACAUCAAUUUAUGAGCUGGGAAUUUCAACUCCAACUUCAUGAUUUAUGAAUAUUUCAUCUUGUCAAUCUGCUUGAAUCCGAAGCUUAUGAUAAUUUCAUGACAUGUAUUUUCAAUAUGCAACUUAUGUGAUUUGAAUAAAUUGUUUUUGCUGUU